CAGACACACACACCGCGAAAAACCUUCCACAAAUUCAGACCUCCCAAGUAACGUUACACGCAGCAAAACAUCCCAGUUUUCAUCAUGGCGCUGGAUGGAUGUGGCCUCUUCUGCAAGUAUACCCUCUUCAUUUUCAACGCUAUCUUUGCGGUAAUUGGUGGGCUUUUGCCUUUUUUGGGUCUCGGCUUGUGGCUGAGGCUCAGCGACAGCACCAGAGGCAUCUUUCAAAUAGAGGACUUGAACUCAAGUGCAUUUGUUAUCGCUGUGAUUGUACUGAUUGCUCUGGGCUCAGUGAUGCUGAUUGUGGUGGUGUUUGGAGACUACGGUGCCUGCAAUGAGAAAAGAUGUGCUCUUCAAGUGUUCUCCGCCCUUCUGACCAUUCUGGCAAUGGCUGAAAUUGCUAUUGGAGUGGUUGCUUAUUCCAGCAAGGAACGGGUUGGACUGCACAUUGUGGAGUUCUACAGUAGCCUGUAUGCUCUGUAUAUCACAGGCGGAGACCCAGUCAUUGGUGCCACUCUCACGUUCAUCCACAAUAUGCUUCAUUGCUGUGGAGUGACCGGGAUCGUGGUGAUAGAGUUGGCCAAAAACACCUGUCCCAAAGCAGAUGGGUUUUGGGAGCAGCUCAAGCAGCCUAAUUGUCCUCUGAUCAUCGCAGAUGUCUUUAACAGUAAAGCAGCACUAGUGAUGGGCAUCUUUGUCGGAACGGGAGUUCUUUUGAUCACAGCCCUGGUCUGCACCACGGUCCUCCUGAAACAGACCAAGAGAAACCAGCAGGAGGUCACUGCGUACUACACCACGGUGUACUAACAAGACGAUUGGGUUUUCAACC